AUGACAGCGAUAUUGCGUGUGAAACGUAGGUACGAUGAUGAACCAUCAAAUGCUCUAGUAAUUUCAUGUAAGCGACAAAAAAUUGCGGAAAACGAAGAAACAGAAGAUGCAUCAUCAGUUCCUCUAACCACAUUUGCUAAGUUUGCUGGGACCGUCAAACAACAUGACGAGAAUGUUGAACAUUUAAUUCAAACUUAUGCGAAAAAUGAAGGACGAAUACAUUUGAAACAACAUUCUGCGGAUAUUCUGAAUAAAAUAAGGGAAGCAACAAAGGAGGCCUCGGCAGAAAAUCGUUAUAAAGUAGUUAAUUGUUUUCGAUCUUUGGAUAAUUCGAUUGCGGAAAAUUCUGAAGAAACAGUUGUUACUGUAAUAGAUGUGGAGGAUUCAAAAUCCGUAACAAAGAAGGAUUCUGUAGAAAAGGAUGAUAAUUAUGUAUACGAUUUAUAUUAUGUUCAAACUGAGAAUGACAUGUACUUGAACGAAGACGUGUGUGUACAUCCAUUCGAUCAUUUAGUUCAUGAUACUUAUGAGGAUAAUGGUUAUCCUGAAGCUGAAUAUGAUUCAGAUGAUUCUAAUUCAGAGUCAAAUUGGAGAAAUGAUUAUCCCGAUUCUAAUAACUCUGAAGGAUCAAUUGAUGAAGACGACAUAAGAGCGGCUGUUAUGAAUAUGAGACUAGAAGAUGGAUCAGAUUUAUCUGAAGAAGAUGAUUUUAUUUAUGCGGUUGAUGAAAAUGAUGUGAACGCUUAUGGUUACAAAUAUGCGAGAUAUAAGGCAAUGAUGAAACAAGAAUUGAAGGAAGAUGAUGAUGAUCACCUUAGUGGUCUGAGUAUAAAUGUGUCUGAAGAUUCAGAUGAGGAUUGUGAAGUACAUUACAAAUAAUAUCUAAUUAUGCGUAAGUCUUUUUAUACCGAAAGAAAAUAGUUAGUAAAUAAUUAAUAGUGUCAAUGCAAUAUAUUUCAUAUUGUGUAAAAUAGUUUUAGUCAGUGAAAUAUAUCUUUUCAUUUCUUAAUUAAAAUUGUUUUCCAAAUAUGAGAUUUUCCUACUACGUAGAAGUAAGGGUCAUAAAGAUCUUAGUAUUUUAUUCAUGUCUAUAUAUUUAUUACAUAUUUAUAUAGAUAUAUUUUGUAUGUAAAAUUCAUCUAUCAAAAUUAAAACAAUAA